AUGUCGGCUGCGGGGGAAGCAGCCAACGUGUCGGUGCCUAGAUCAACGGAAUCCAAACCCGAAAGGGCGGAGUCUUCGUCACGGAACACUUCGCCGCCGGCGCCAGCAGCUCCAAUACCCAUAUCAAAUGUACUGACGGAUCAAGCAAAAGCCACACUCACACAGGUACUUUCCCCGUGAAUUUUCCAGAGAAAAUGUCAUUUUAGCUAGUGAAAACUUCGAAAAUGAGCCGAUCUCGAGGGUCGGCGCUCGCGGAAAAGCCAGAAGUGCAGUCGAUGCUCGACAAGGAACUCUUUCUGAUCCAAUCGGACCGACGGACAAAGAUGAAUCCGAUCCAGGAACUUCAGCUCGUCCGAGUGCUCGCGCAGUUCUUUUUGGUGAGUAAUUUUCUCUCGGAGCUUGGCUCAGCGAAAAUUGAUCACAAAGGCCGACCUCGAGUAGGAUUUCGCGUGGCGCGCAGUGUUGGUGGCGGCAAAGAAUAAUUACCACCUAUUUCGGGCGGUGUAUCAGAAGUGCCUGGCUCCGAAAAAAGAGCAGGAGAGCGCGAGAGCAAGAUAGAAAAAGAGUGCAUCACGCCGUCUCCUCUGUCAUUUUUUGUUGUUUUGACACGCACCGGCUCUCCUUCUCCCUCUUCUGCUUUGCUCCUUUUUUCUCCUCGCAGACUCUCGUUCUCUGUCCUCUUCUUGUUGCGCCCGAAAUCGGACAACACAGAUGAUGCAGAAGGAGGAAGAAAAGAGAGCUCGCGGAGCAUAUUAAAAUAGAUUAUAAUAUAGAGGGUUAGGUGGGCGGUUGUAUUUGCAGAACCGCGCCAAAAUUUCACCAUUCAUUUGCGAUUACGAAAUGGAAACGGCGGAAAAAGGACACCUGUGCGGAUACAGUACUCACGAGAAAGUGAGAAGCGCAGGUGGGACGAAGCAGACAAAAAAAUCAGCGCAAUUCAGAUAGUUUUUUGGUUUUGGAAAGAAACGCGAUAUCCGCAAUUUCUAAUUGGGGUGAGGCUCGGAAAAAAUUAGAGAUCUGGAGGCCAUGCGAGGGGAUGUUUGAAGAAGCGAAACCAACAAAUGCAAAAUAUUAUAGGGGCACCGGACAGAAAGGGCGCGCUGUUCGCAAUCGGGCCGAAUUUCUAGGCCGCGAAGUAAUUUUCCACUGAAAAUGCGGCCUAACUUUUAAAACUCGGCCCCGAGGUCGCUCAAUUUGCGCUGCAAACGGAGUUUCUCAACAGAGCGCCAUUUCUGUGCGGUGCCCCUAUAAUAGCUGUGGUUAUUUGGGAAUAACUACGGCUAAUAAGCACUUUCGAAUACAAAAAAGAGCAGAACGAAAAAGAUUUUUGCGCUAUUCUGAUUAUCCGUUCUGUUCUGUCUUCUGCUCGGCACGCCCACCAGACGUUGCGAGAUUGCGAAAGAGCCGCGAAGGAUAAUUGGGAAUCGCCCUGAGCAGAAUAAAAGUGUUUCGCAACCGCCUUGAAAUCAAUCUCAAUUCUCAGGAACGUGCAGACGACGGUCACCGCUACUCCUACUUCGAAGCGAUAUUUUUCGGCAGAUCCGACGACACGGUUCUCCACGAUUUCCGCAUCAAAAUCAUGUUCCAACUCGUCUCGUUCGCUGUCCAGUACCCCGUUCUGCAGAUCUUCAAUCACGUCAUGGGAUGGUUGUGUCAAAUGAAAAACGAGACACUCGAACGGAAAUAUUCGGAUUGGCUCAUCGAAAUUCUCGUGGAGAACUUCGUGCGGCCGUCCACGGAAAAGCUGCCGAUGCACCACUUUCUACUCCCGUUGGACGUGACUUGCAGCGAGUUCUGUGCUCUUUUCGUCGCUCGAGCCGCCCUUCACGGGAAGCUGAAGCAGCCGAUGGCCGAGCUGAUCAUCCGGUUUUCGGCCCAGAACAUGCAGUUCAUCCUCCGACACCUCCGCGACACUCCGUGGCUUGGAAACGAUUUCGCCGAGAAAGUGAUUCCCCGGAUGCUAGAUCAGAUGAUGACGGACGAUUCGAACUUGGACGGAGACGGCCUCGGAUCGUGCAUCUGCUUCUUCAUGUUCAGAUGGCAUCUCGACGUGAUGGCGACGGAAGAUCGGCGAGGACCGACGAAAAGGAUCGAGGUUUUAGGUAAGAAACAGAAAGAGAGAGAGAGAGAGAAAAGGACAGUUCGAGGCGUUUUUGAUAGAUAAAGUUGAGAAUAAAAGAGUGUUAUCAGUAAAAGAACACAGUUUGAUGGGUGUUUCCCACUGAUUAGAACCAACAAAAAAGGAAGUGCAUAUUGAUAGAACGACAAUAGUUUAUCGUGAGAACUAGUAUUGUGUGCUCGUAUUACGUAGCACAAAUAAGCCCGUACGAAAAACGGCGGAAAAGCAGAAGACGACGCCGAAAAAUGCCUAGAAAUGUCUGUCAAAAAGGUUUAUAAUCAAUCGGCCGAAAAUGAGAAAAAAAGACGGGAAGAGGGGAAUCUCAAAGACGACAAAACGUCACGGAAAUAAGAACACUGGGCUAAUGGAAUUCAGUUUGAUGGAAAAGAUGAUAGGAGAUGGUGUCGAAGCGUAAAAUUGAAAGUGUUGUCUCUCAGUUCAAGGCUAUAAUUAGAAGGACGUCUGAAUUAGUCUGAAGGUUACAGGAGGACACUUAAAUUAAUUGUUUUCCAGACCUGCUACUGUCUCCCAAAUAUCCUUGGUCGAAGCGACGAAUCUGUCUGCUCGUGGCCGCAAUCGGAGCAUCCACACGUCCAGAACACCUCAUCCAGAAGGAUCUUCAGAAGAUUGUAGCACCCGAAAAGUACCGGAAAGCCCUUCAGACCAUAAGCAAUGAAGGAGUGAAAGAGAACCCUCAGAAGUACAUGGACGGCAUCAGCACUAUGGGAUUGGAAGCGUCGCCGGUGAAGAAGACGGUGACGAAGAAGAAGUGA